CAUGGGUCUAUUUCAGAGUUGUUUUGCCAAAAAUAACAAAGUCGGCGUUAUGAAGGAAGAGAUGGAGGUGUACGAAAAAGUACGCAAAACAAUGGUCACAGAUGAAGUAACAGAAAUGAGAGGAGGGUUGGCCUUUGAUCUCACCUUCGUUUCAGAGGAAACCCCAAAGAUGCCCCCUGCCAGAUUGCUGGAGAACAAAGAGAAAGACUUUGAAAAAUGGAGAGAAUCUCAGGAAAAAUCCCAAGCCGAAAAGCAGGCCCGGGCCCAAAAGAAGCGUGAGGAAGCCCGUGUCCAGAAAGAGAUCGAUGUUGCCCAUAAGGAGAUGGAGAGGCUCGAGAAAUAUUUCAAUGUCACUGCCGAAUAGAAUGUAUCUGAAAGAACCCUUCAUAUACAUGUAUGCGUGUGUCUAAAAUUAAACUGAAUUGUUAUUUUAAAGCUUGUAAUUUAAACAAAUCUUGGAACCAAAGCCAAUGAGGAGACACCAAAACUCUUUCUCUGAUGUAUGUUCAUAUGGCUUUCUAAGCGCCUAAAUCUUUUCUUGCGCCAUGGAGACAGAUAUAUGAGAAUAGCACUGCGAACAAAAUUCGGUUAACUAUUCCAAUUUGUUCAUGUGUUUCGGAACUUUUGGACUCCAGAUACCCCCAGGAAUGGGUAUUGAGCUGGAACAUCUAUCCCUUCAGUGAUCAGGGACCGGGGAUCGCUUCCCAUGCAGUCUAAAAUUUUCAGAAAAUGUAAAUGAUACAUCUUUUAGUGACGCGCGC